AUGACGACUGUAGACAUUGGCGUCUUUAUCCCCAUUGGCAACAAUGGCUGGUUGAUAUCGACGACCUCGCCUCAGUACAUGCCUACCUUUGAGCUGAACAAGCAGGUUGUCCAGAAAGCCGAGGCCUAUGGCUUUGACUUUGCGCUUUCCAUGAUCAAGCUACGUGGGUUCGGAGGUAAAAGCGAGUUUUGGGAUCAUAAUCUAGAAAGCUUCACCCUCAUGUCCGCCCUAGCUGCCGUCACAUCAAAGAUCAAAUUAUUUGCGUCAGUAGCCGUACUUACCCUGCCUCCAGCCAUAACAGCUCGAAUGGCUACGACGAUUGACUCUGUAGCGCCUGGGAGAUUUGGAAUCAAUAUGGUUACUGGUUGGCAAUCCGCCGAGUAUACUCAAAUGGGUCUUUGGCCCGGCGACGAGUACUUCGGGUAUAGAUACGACUAUGCUACAGAGUACGUCCAAAUUAUGAAAGAGCUCUGGAAAGAAGGCGUAUCAAACUUCAAGGGGAAAUAUUUCCAAAUGGACGACUGCAAGCUGUCACCUCGACCAAAGGAUCUUGGUGUGGAUAUUGUCGCCGCCGGUCAAUCAGGCAGGGGAAUCGAGUUCGCUUCGAAGUACGCGGAUUACAACUUCGUGAUAGGCGCCGGAAUCAACACCCCAACGGCAUACGGCCAGGCGACAUCUCGUCUCGUCGAAGCAGCUGCUAAGACGGGCCGUGACGUCAGCUCAUAUGUUCUCUUCAUGGUUAUUACCGACGAAACCGACGAGGCGGCCCAGGCCAAGUGGAAAUUGUAUAACGACGGUGCUGACGCAGAUGCGCUGGCAUGGAUGAGGUCGCAGUCGUCGAAAGAUGUCAACGCAGACGCUCACUCCACGGCUAGGAGCUUGAGGCUCCCGGAAGGCGCUGUGAAUAUCAAUAUGGGCACCUUGGUAGGCUCUUAUGAGAACAUUGCGAGCAUGUUAGAUGAAGUCGCAUCUGUCCCGGGAACGAAGGGGAUUAUGCUUACAUUCGACGACUUUUUGCUAGGUAUAGAGACGUUCGGUCAGAAGAUACAGCCGCUAAUGAAGAGCCGACAGGGUAGGGCGUAA